AGUCACACUCGCGGGAAAAAUGGCGGAAACGUGUUCCGUGUUCAUGCGACCUCCAGCAGCGGUUCAAAACAGUGCCUCCUAAGCCUUGCCCUCUCUUUGUGUGCAUGCUUGUCUAGGUGUGUCACUUAAUGUGUAAGGCUGUGGGUUAAAAGAGGCAUGCAAGAUGGAAAACGAUACAGUGGAGUGCUCCACCUCUGGCCACAUCAAGCAAGUCAUCAGCCAAGCAGUCACUGAAGAAUCCCAAGUCAAGGCUUUUCAUUGUAGUCACUGUGUGCUGAUCUUCAAAUCCAAGGUGUACCUUUUUGAACACCUCAACAAGGUGCAUGGCCUCAAUACAGAAACUUCUCUCAGAGAGGCUGGUUUAUGCCCUGGGACUGACAAAGCCAUCACAGAGAACAGCAGCAGCAGUUCAGGAGAUCAUUUUAAAUGCCAGAGCUGUGAUUCUAAAGCUUGUAGUUGGGAUGGUUUAAGUGAACACGAGGAACUGUGUCACAAAACUUCAGAAAAUCCUAACGUGUCAGGAGGUGUCAUCAUUUCAGAAAAGCUCGACAGCACUUUAAGUGUCAUUUCAGCAAACCAGAACAAUGAAGCUGCAGGAACAUCGGAAGAUCCGUCAGUUCUUUCAGAUAUUUCUACCUCAGAAGCGAAAUGCACGUUAAAGGACCUGAAAACCUACAAGAGGCCAUUGCAAACCAUUACGAAGUACUUCUCAGUGUCAUCUGAAUCAAAUACAAUGACUGCUGCAAAAUUAGCUGAUGGCACCAAAGGAACUAUCAUUUUGCAGGAAUCUCCUUCAAGCUCCUGUCCAAACAGUAGUGGUGUGUUUAAAGUCACAGCAAAGUCUGUGAUAGAUAUCACCGGAAGUAAGUCGUACCAUUUUUUGCACACUGACUUGACUACUGAUUUGACACCAUCUAAAACUCCGGAACAAUUCAGAAAAGAAUCUGUUCCUGACAGUGCUGUGAAGAGAUCCAGUGGUAAAAGUUCAAAAGGUCAUCCUGCCAAAAAAGCCAAGUUGGAUAACGAAGAGAUGCUCACGGAAAAAGAAAAUGAAAGUAGACAGCAGUCAUCCAGCAGCAACGAGUUUUCAUUUGAAGUCAGCGAAGAUGAAGACGAGGCAGACGCGCCAAAAGUGUAUUCUUGUAAACAUUGUGACUACAGUGACGUGGGCAUCAGGCGAAUUUCUGCCCAUUAUCAAAGUGACCACCCUUAUAUCAGAUACAAUUCUGUCUACAUUCAGGACGCAAGUGAUCACAGUGCCACCUUUCGUUGCUUGGAGUGUCCAGUUGAGUUUUUAAGCACAGCUGACCUCAAGAGGCACUACUUGGAAAAUCAUCCAGAUGCCCCAGAUGUAUUUGCCAUGAAAUCAUGUGGCCUCAGUUUGGUUUUCAAAUGCUUUCUUUGUAAAUUUACUACCAAUCUAUUGAAGUCCUUGAAAGAACAUUACAAGGCAAAGCAUGCAACAUAUGAAGUGGAGAAUUCCUUAUUGUUCUGCAGAUAUUCAAUGUCUGAAUGCCAAGAGGAAUCGUCUCAGCUGAGUCUAGAAAAAUCAGGUGGAAUUUCUCCUGAGCGUGCCCACACAUCCCAAAAUUCUCCCUCUAAAAGAGCAGACAUGGCCUUGUAUAAAUGCCAGAAAUGCAUGUUUAGUCACAAGUCAGUUGUUGCUAUGCAUGUUCACUACCAAAAAAGCCACCCAGAUGAAGUAAUCACAUUAGAUAAAAUCAAACAGUCAGCUUGUCCCACAUCACAUGCAGCAUCAGAGAUGACAUCUGAGAAGUGUUCAGAUUCUGUGAUUGUAGUAGAUCAUUCAGAGACCACACCAGAAGCCUGUAAGAAUCAUUCAGAAUCUUCCCAAACCACGAAAGGGAAAUCUUCGAAGUUUCCAGCAAAGUCCAGUAAUGAAAUUACUACUGGACUGGACAAUUUCUCAUCCAGUUUACCAAAUGAAACAUUUUACUGCCAGUUCUGCAGUUACACAAGUACCAAGGUUAAGAGUAUCCUUGGUCAUCACAAUGCAAAACAUUCUAUGGAUGCACCAAUAGAUACUGAUGAUGUCCUAUGGUACAGUGCUGAGAUGCAGAAACUUCAGAGUGAAUCUAAGAUGUCAAAAAGUCCUUCAUCUUCCCAAUUUAAUACUAGUAAACAAGUGAAGAUGUGUAGGGAAAAGGAAGAUCUGUAUAAGGAGGAUCACACAGCAGAUGCCUCAGAAACAGGAGAGAGACAGGACAAGUCCUACGCAUGUCCAGAAAACUUGUUUUACUGCCACAAAUGCAACUUCGGAAAUCCAUCUAUAAAAGGAGUAAUUAACCAUCAGGCUAAGGUUCAUCGAAAGUGUAAUUCCAGCACUAAGUGUGUUCUUGAAUAUACAGCUUUAAUCCAUGAUGAAAUCAGGAAAGCAAAAGCAAAUGCAAAGGAUUCUUCUUCUUCCCAUCUACCUCUUCCUAUAAUAAAUGAAGGUGAAGAAAAAGCAUUUUUUUGCCACUUUUGUAACUACAGGCAUAGUACUUUGGAUCAGGUAAUGCGCCAUUACAGCAAAACACAUCAUGGAUUUAAGGCGAAGCCUUCAGAAGUCCUUCUGCAUACAUCUAAGAUCCACGAUCAGGCACAGAAAUCUCCUCUAACAUCCACUCAAAAUGAAGAAGCUGCUCAGGAAAUCCUCAAGAAAAUGUAUAAGAAAAAGAAAAAAACGAAGCAUUCAAAAUCUUUGGUCAUUUCAGCAACACCCUCAGUGACAACCCCACACACAAAGAGGUCCCUGAAAUGUUACAGAUGUGCAUACAAUACUGACGUGAUAUAUGCUCUGAAGACGCAUAUAAGGAAAAUUCACAAAGUAAAGCGUACAGUCACAGAUAUUUUAAGAUAUUAUUUUAGACAAGGAUCAUUAGAGCCCGGCUAUUAUUGUGAAUUCUGUGUUUUCAGACAUGAAAAAGCUGCAGCAGUUUAUGAGCACUACCAGGAACGCCACCCAGGACGUGUCCCCUGCGUUGAGUAUGUAAGUACUCGGUUAUAUGCCGGUCCUGGAAUGGUCCUUUCUAAAAUGAAGAAGCCUGAUCUAGAGCAGAGUGGAGGCAAUGGCACUGAAAACAGAUUGCUAUCCCAAAGAUCUGGACAAAAUAAAGCUGGUUUAUCUUGCAAAAGAUGCUCUUUUAAAAGUAACUCUUUGUCAGAUCUGGCACACCAUUACCGAAUUGUUCAUCCUUUGAGUGCAAAACUUUCCAAGAAAGCAAACGCAAGCUGGCGAGUAGAAGACCAAAGUGACAGACCUGGCUCAUUUGACUCCUACCAGUUUGGUAAAUCACAGGAUGAAGCAGAGGCGUCCUGCACAGUGUUCAAGUGCCUUUACUGCUCUGCAAAUUUUAAUAGCAAACACGGUCUCCACGUUCACUGUGGAAUGAAACACCCGGAAGCUGUAAUCGAAAAAUUUGAACAAGAACAAAAACCAAAAAAGCAGCACAAAAAACGCCUGCAUGUCUUUAAGUGUCCAUAUUGUACCUACGUCAAUACCGUUUAUCAGGGUGUUCUCACUCACUGCCAGAUGAAGCACCCCAACCUCCCAUCCAGGGCCGACAGUCUCCACGUGGAUAUGGUGUAUGUUGAAAAUUUGGACGAAACCUGGAAAAGCAGUCCUCCUGGUGAGAGUCUGAAACUUUGUGGGCACAUGUGUAAAACCUGUCCGCAAAUCUGCGCAACGCUGGAGAAACUGAACAAACACUGCGAGCGAGACCACAAGAAGACUGGUGCAAGCACAGCACAAAGCACGGCCAAACCCGCUCCUAAGCCAUUAGUUAAAAGUAAAAUACUUCUAUCUAAAGCCUACAGCACACAUGGAUCUGUAUCAAAGACUUCAUUUUUAAGCAAGAAAAUCUAUGCCGUGAUCAACUGCCAGCACUGUUCUUACACAUGCACCACCAAACUUGCUCUUGGUCGCCAUUUGCUUGCUAACCACAAGCAUACUAUUUCAAAGGACUGCGUAUACAAAUGUGUGCUGUGUUCUAAAGUUUACUUCAGGAAAAAGCAUCUUGGACGCCACUAUGCAGUGACACAUGGAAAGGAGGCUUAUUUAAAAUACUACGUGCCCAUAUACAAACAGCCUCUCAAGAAGACAGCGCGAUCGCCGUCUGAAGACCCAUCAAGUCAGCAACAAGAAAAAGCCUCUGAGACAUUUAAGUCUAGCAUAACAGCAGAAGAAAGCCUCUUGAUCUACAAGUGUCCAAAGUGUCCAUAUGUGAAUGCUAGCUACCACGGGACCCUCACUCACUGUCAAAUGAAGCAUCCAGCAAUUGUAGUCCGGGCAGACGAACUUGAGACAGGCGAAGUCUUUGCAUCAAACAUGGUCAAUUGUACUUUAGGAAAAGGUUCUAAUGAAAGAGGGUACUUGUGUAAAAAAUGUUCACAAAUCCAUGGAUCACUGACAAAACUCAAUGCUCACUGUAAGAGGGUUCAUCAUGACACAGAAGUGUAUGAGCACACUGAUGCUGAAAGCCAGCCGGUUCACACAUCUCAGGGCUCAGCACAGGAGGAUGCCUCUGUGAAAAACAAAACUUCGAGAGAAGUAAGCGUUGCGGAAAGUAGACAGGCUCCACAAACGGAAACUCCUGAGGCAUGCCCGUCAACUUUGCUGUCCGGAGUCCGCAGCACCAAACAGUUGUACAAGUGCCAGAUGUGCACCUAUAAAGGACUGUAUCGAAAAUACCUCCAGUGCCACUACAAAAAUACUCACAAAUUGGAUGCAGUCAGUAUUUACAAACUUCUUGAGAAAUAUAAUAAGCGUAAAUGGAACUUUCCCAGCAACGUACUUAAAUCAGGCAACAGCACAAAGGUUAAAUGUUUGAAAUGUCCAGAAUUAACAUUCGAGUCGUCGCAGCUGCUCAUUGACCACUAUAGUACUUUUCACCGCUCAGAGUGGAAAUUGGACUUUACUGUGUUGUCACUAGGAUCGACGAAAAAGAAAACCACAGGGGUUUACAAAUGUGACCACUGCAACACACAAUUAAAUGGGAUUAGAAAGGUGUGUUAUCACAUGGAUCGCCACAGAGCAAGGAUGCUAGAGAUGGCCAAGGCUGCGCAGAGAAAGGAGUCGCUUAUUAGCACAACACUAGAGCAAGAAUCCAGCGAGCCCUGCAGGCAAGACGAAACGACCACAUUGGAAACUGUGAACGAGGUUAAUCGUUGGAACGGGACACCAGUACAGAGCGCCGCUACAUCAGAACUCUCUGAUGUACAGCAGCCAGAACUAGAAUCGAAUGGAGACAAACACACGUGUAAACAGUGCGGCCGGAUGUUUAUGUCAUUGAAAGGCUUGCAUUCACAUGAGCACAGCCACGCAGCCCUGGCAGCCAUCAAGAAAGUGGACAAUAGCUCCACGUCUGGAUUAAAACACAACAUUAGCAAAUAUCUCAUCCACAAAUCUGGAACUCUGAGACCUUUCCUGUGUAGUUGCUGUACCUAUCGGACAACAGUCUUUGGCCUCUGGAGGAGUCAUUUUAUGAAAAAGCAUCAUGAUCUCAUCAUGGCUGCAGCUGAGACUGAAGACAAAGAUAAGAGUGAAGACAGGUUUGAUAAGGAGUCCUCUAAUUCAUCAGAGAAAAUGAACAGCUUGCCUGAAAUUGAUGAGGGACCUGAACUGAUUAAAGGAUCUCUGUACUUGGAGCCCCCAGAUGUGCGGCGCCAGUUAAACCACUACACCAUGAUGGCACAGAGCAGCAUCAAAUCUAAAGUGAACGUGCAACUUUCAAAAUUACCUGAGAACAGCGUGCUUCACUGUGAGUUCUGCAAUUUCAGCACUGGACACCUGUCUAGUAUCCGGCGGCACUACUUAAAUCGGCAUGGAAAGAAAAUCCUCAGAUGUAAAGACUGCAACUUUUUCACGGGUUUAAGGAAAACUCUGGAAAUGCACAUGGAGACGGGUCACUCUACCUGCCAGUCAAAGCCUACUCAUCAGAAGGACCUCUGCUGCCCUUUCUGCCUGUACCAAACUAAGAACAAGAACAACAUGAUUGAUCACAUUGUCUUGCAUCGUGAGGAACGUGUAGUGCCAAUAGAGGUUCGUCGCCCCAAACUGUCACGUUACCUUCAAGGCAUCAUCUUCCGCUGUCACAAAUGUACUUUCACCAGUGGCAGCCCAGAAAACCUGCGUUUGCACAUGAUGAGGCACGAUGACAUCAAACCCUACAAGUGUCGGCUGUGCUAUUUCGACUGCACCCGGCUGAGUGAUUUGGAGGCACACCUGAGCGAUAAGCAUCAGGUCAUGAGGAAUCAUGAACUCGUGGGUCAGGUGAACCUUGAUCAGCUGGAGGCAAGCGUUGGUAAUGUGCCAGUAACAGAAGAGGAACAUUUGUCUAACAUGGACCAGCUAGAUAAGGACGGAGAAGAUGUAGAAAUGGAGGACCUUUUUGCAGACUGUGAUGAGGUUCCACAAGCUGAGAACCUGGAAGGAAACUAUACCACAGAGAAAAGUGCACUCCAGAUCAGGGAAUGCCAGGAAAGCAACGGAGAAAGUCCUGGCGAGACUUCCGAAUCAGACAUUCAACAUGAAAAUGCAAAACCAAACUCUACUGUCCAACAAGAGCUGCAAAAACAAGCAGAGAUUGUGCUGCUAGAGAGUGCAAGAGAACAGGAGACAGGAAAUGUGGAACAAAGUGUUGCAGAAGUGAAAAUUACAGGUACCCCAUGUGAGGAUUGUGGCGGUCCAGAGGAAGAAAGGCAGACAAAUAAAAACCAAGCCCAACCUAAAUUCACAGAAUGUGGAGACAAACAACAAACAGAGACAGGAAAUGAUUUCAAAGUGGAUGAAGAAACACCAGCUCAAAAGCAAGACGUUAAAGCACUUGAGCGUAAAACACUGAACAUCGAGGCAAAGGUAGAAGAUGACAUACUGCGUCAUAUCUUACAGUUGGCCAAUGAUGACAGCAAGAUGCAUAACAAGGCAGAUGAGGGUAAAACGGUUAAGAUGGAGAAGGACACUGAGGCAAGUGAUGCAAGUGAUAUCCCAUUAGCUGAAGAGAGCAACUUCCCUUUGUUCCAGAAUCCAAAGAGUCAAGUUGGUAUAGAGGCAAAUUCAGCCUUAACAAAGCUAAAUAUUGCACAUGUAAAUAACACAAGGACAAAGGAGAGUUUAAAAAUUGAAAGACAUAUGUUAACCCUCCCGCCCACUUGUGCACGACUUAAGAUGAUCACCGGCAAUAUUUUAGGUGUCUCGUUUACAAAAUUAAAGCAGGAACAAGUGCACACUCAGCAAAGCAGUGAACAGGAACCUAAACCUUGCAAAGAAAUGCCAGUACUUGAGAAAGAAUGUCUGAAGAAGGAAGUGCACUCCCCUGAAUGCUUCAAGGAGGAAGAAGAGAAAGGUCCUUUCGAGCAGAAGCAGAACCAAGAAUCUGAGAUGCUCACAGAAGACGAGCAACGACACCAAGAUCAGGCGCCUGGUGACCACGACGGGAUGAGGGAUGAUGAUUGUCUGCAAGAGCAUGAAGAUACAACAACACAAGAACCGGCUGAAGUCCUGUGCUCCCCACGUACAGAGCAGAAACGAUUUACUUGUGAGUUCUGUGGAAGAAACUUGGUGAACAGCUCUGAACUGAAGCGUCACGUCAUGCGGCAUGGAAUCUAACAGUCUUUUCCACGUUUUUUUUAUUUGGGUUUCCAUUUUAUGGAAAGUUCCUUCCAGUGUUGUGUUGAGUUACGCAUUUUAGAUUUUGUUAUUCGUCUGAUAUCUUAUCUAACUGUACGGUUACAUAUUUACGUUUCUGUUUUUUUGUGCAUUUUUAAACCUUUUCCUAUAAAAUGCUUUUAUGGUAAAGCUGUUAAACAUAGGUGUGAUUCAGUAAAUAAAACUUUGAACCAAUAUGGUGAAUGUAUUAUGUGUGACACACUGUAUUUAAAAUCUUUAGAAUUUUUUUUGUAUUUUUUUUAAACACUAAUGGAUAAUGUCCGUGAUCAACUGUCAUCCAGAGUUCAUUUUUAUUCCUGUAGUUAGUACAGGGAGGUAUUAUUUACGAGAAGUUAUUACUGUAAAAUCUGCAGAAACCUCUACACUGUGAACUAAUUUUACAUGAAAACGUUUACAUAGAGUUAAAUACCACGAACUGAACCAACUUCCAUAACAGAAAGUUCAUUAAAUGCUGCCUUCAGGUGUUGUUUGGUAUUUCAACACACUUUUAUUGUGUAUUUUGUACUGAAAAGGAAAAUAGUUGACAGUAAAAUAUCAGUAUUUAGUUUGGUAUUCCAUGUUAACGAAAUUUUGUUUUGUUUUUUUAUACUUCAAUUUGUUUUGAAUUUAAAGUGUGUUUGCAGCACCUGAUAUUUAUUUUCCUCCUAGCUUAGAGUGGCGCCUUCUAUGAAAGUGGUGAAUUUAAACAUUUUUAGUUAAUUUUACUAUUACAGUAGAUGUCACUGGUGUCAGAAAAAGGCAGUAUAUCUGAAGAUACAGACUCAUGCACAAUAGGUCAUAAAUGAUUAAUAAAUGGUCCAUUUUUUUUUUUUCAAUUUCUUGAACAACAGCAAAAAAUGGACACAGGCUGGACCAAGAAGUUAUCAGGGACAUUUACAGAAGACUGAAACAGUUAAAGUUUAAAAAGUUAAUGUGUUAUGAGACCACGUGUGUUCAUAUCCUUGUAUUAUAAAACAUGGAUGCUUUGUAUUAAAAGUGUUGCCCUGUAGCAAAAAUCAAAUAGUGCAUUAAGAAAAUAUAAUCUGGUUACAACAAUAAAUGUUUGAUU